CCCUUCCUUUAUAAUCUGUCAGGCAUUUGCGAGCACUGCAGUUUUCCGUUAUCUCUAGUACACAUCUUGCUCCCAAGUGCCAGUUUGCAUCCCUCAGCCAUAUGUCAAACUUCGUUCCUCAUCCUCUUGAUGAUUGCCCUCCACCCUUGGAGGAGCCGAGUCACCCAGUACGCCCCCAGGACCCCGAGACGAACCUCUCGAUCGGUGAAAUGCUACAAUUCGCCGUCAAUACCAUUCUGGCAACACUUUAUUUCGUCAUUACUCUGCUGUUUUGUUUCGCCACAGACACUGUGCCAGACCCACUCGAUGAUGCCCUCCCAGCCUUGGGUGAGGAGGUAAGCUACCCAGAACACCCCCAAGACCCGGGAGAGGCACACCUCAGUCGAGUGCAACAGAUCGUCGUUACUGCCAUUCGCGCGACUGAUCUAACUCUUGGUCUCCAACGGAUUCCCGCUGGCUUCCAUGUGGUAGUCAAGGUUCGCGGGAUCGAAUUCCGAACAUGCAACAAGCCUGUGCACGUAGACCAGGCUGUUGUCGAAUGGAACGAGCCCAUACUUCUGCCAUGUGAACGAUCUUCUCUCGUUCGGGUCAGCUUGUAUGCCUCAUUUGAACUGGGUCUCAUGCUCGGUCAUGGAGAAGUCCUUCGCACAUUCGAGAUAUCCGUGGGUGAAUUAUUGGAUCGCAGUGAACAGUCACGUCGUCAGUAACGUCUGUUGCAACUUACUCCUGACAGAUGUUGACGAGUAUCACAGCCAUAGUUUUUCAGCCCAAGCAGGAGGAAGUCGUAUCCCCG